CUCAUGUCUGUCUGGUUCCAUUUACGAGCCAAACAGCCAUUGCAAGAGCCUGGAAUUGUCAAUGUUAACUGGCAUUUCAAUGACUUAAAUUAAAGAAACUGGAAUUCAAUUCGGAGAUUUUAAUGAUUAUUAUUCACAGAAAAAUGAUUCCCAUCUCCCAUAUCCGUUACUACGAAUGCGCUGCUAGUAUCAACUAAUAUUGAGGUGGCAGAAGUGUAGCAGCUUGUGAUACGAGAUUGUCCUAAAAAAAUCCCAUAAAUUACGACUUUAUCACCUCCACGUUUCCAUCCCUCGAAGGCAGGAAAGCCACUUUCUUUAUUCUCUGUCACUCGCUUAAAGUCGCUUUCCGCGACGAAACAGAUUUAGAAACCAAGGCAGUACUCAAAGACUCGAUAAAAACCAUGGAAUCACUCCAAGACGACGACGCUUCUUGGAGCUCCUCCACCAACUGGUCAAUCGCCGGUGGUUCUCUCCCUAGUUCCGUCACCUUCGAGUCAUCGUUUGCGCCGCUCACCGACUCCGAUGAAUAUGAACACGACAUCCAUGAUCCUAGCGCUGUCGGCUCCACUCCUAAAUCCCCCCUUAUCUUGUGCCCUACUUCACCUGAUUCCACCACCCCCUGCGAGAUCACCAUUGCUUUUGCUCAAAAACAAGAAGUGCGACAGGUUUAUGUCCGAAGUACUGCUCGAGUAUACGAAAUAUACCAUGCUCCUAAACAUCAGGGCAGCAAUGAGUAUCUCUGUACUGUUCGCUGCGGUAUUGCCUCCAGAGAGGAAGAGGUGCUUCAUGCAGCCAAUCUCGAUGAAGCUGCUUUGGCACAUCUAAAGGGAGCCAAUAAAGAGUUGGAUGAAAAGAGACUAAAAAAUGACAGCAAUUCAAACUCGAACGAAGAUGAUUGGGUUGAAGUGAAAGCUCCUGAUACUCCUGUGCUUGAUAGUGGAAGCAGUGUGCCAUCAAAUUUUAGUGUGAGCGCACAGGAUUUAUAUGAAGCUACUGCUGAGAUCAAUGAUGCAAACCCCUGCAUGUCUAUUACUCUCCGCUUGCUUUCACUUCAGAAUAAAGGCUGUGUAUGUGUUGAUGAACUCUACGUGUUUGGUGAUCCUGUUGAAUCAGAUGAUUCAGAAAAUGAAGUGGGUCAGAUGGGAAGUGCAGGUGGAAGUUCUCUUAUGGCCAUGCUUGCUCCGACACUUUUGCAGUUAUCUAAAACAGCAUGUCUUCGCCAAAUACAAAAUGAAGACAGUUUUGGCGCAAAGGAGAACGAAAAAACACAGGAAAAUGGGCCAAAGACCAUUGAACCAUUAAAUUGUGCAAACGAAAUCCCGCAAGAAGGAAGACCCGGUUUAGCCAAUCAGCAGGAAUCAAUUGCAGCAACAAUUGAACUAAAUCGACAUGAGAUCCCCCCACAACUUAAAGAUGGAGAGGCCAAGGGCGAUUUAUCAUGUGGGCAUAUUGAAAAAUUCCUGGAACAUCUUGUUUCUCGAGUCAGCAGAGUAGAAGGUCUCUUAUUGAAGUUUGAAGAGAACAUGCUAAAGCCCAUAAGCAGUAUUGAUGCAAGGCUCCAGCGAGUAGAGCAGCAGCUUGAAGAACUCACUAAGAAGCCUAAGAAUUCUGAAUUGCCGUCUUGCACAAGAUAUUCUGCCCCUGAAUUUUCAUGCCACGAUUCAGAUAAUUACACUCCUUAUAACAUUGGAAAUGAAUCUUCCUGCGAUGAUCUGUGUGAAUCACGUGAGAAGGAUUUUUCCUCAUCUCUCCAAUGUGAUGAAAUCAUUUAUUCAGUAAAUGCUACUCAGUCAUUCCCAAGUCUUGUAGUCACUGCUCCUGAAUUUUCUAAUGCUGAUGAUGAGGAAGAUGAUCAUGCAUCAAAAAUUGAUUCUCCUAAGGAUAAACCAAAGCAGACUAUGUCAAUUGAUGAUGCAUUAGCAUCUGCCCUUGCCAGCUUCCUGUCUUCAACUUCAAUUGAGCCUCAAAAAUAUACUCAAGCUCUUACUGUAAAAGCCCCUGAUUUUUCAAAUGAAGAAGACGGUAGCAGUGACAAAAAGGUGUCACCGAAAUCACAUUUUGGAGUAACAUCUGAAUCUUGCAGUCUUGACACAAGUGAUGGGAUGGAUUCUACUAUAGCAUCAGUGUCCUCCAACUGUCCUUCAGAGAGAAUAGUGAAGGCGACAUGCUCUCUUAAUGACCAUGAUUCUGAGCAAACAAUUAAAGAAGUUGUUGAAGACUGUGAAGGACAAGUUACUUGGCAUGGCACAGUGGACUGCAUAGUUUCUUCAGCCAGACAUGAUUUGCACCAGAUAGCAGGGGACGUGGGAAAUGGGGAAGUUAGCAGUGGAACAAGCAAAACUUUGGUUCUUGAUGAAGCUGAUAUUCUGAAUCAAUUCCUUGAAAAUCAUGUUGAUGAUGGUUCUGGUGCUGAUGAGGAAGGAGUUCCUGGAGACACAGAAAUUAAAGCAGAAGUCACCAAACAAGGUCUUCAUGAAGAAUUUCUGCAGAAUGUUCUGGAAUUAUCGUAUUCUUCUUCGGUAGUGGAUUUUGAAAGUCCAAUCCUGGAUGUAAAGUUUACUUCUCAAGACAACUCCAAUGACAAGUCUCCCCUUGAAGCCCUUUUGUUUGACAUCAGUGACAUGCCAUUCACAGAUAAUGGUACUUCUUGCUCCAAGAAAAGUGAUGAUGGUUCUCAAGCUGGUGAAGACUUCAACUUAAUUUCAGUAGGGGAUGGGGAGCCAGCAUGUCCUGCAACUGAUGGUCAUUUCUCCGUGGAUUUGGAUGGUGACGGUUUAAGCAGUAUGCCUUUGAAUUUGGAGGUCAAAUACCUGGAGGAUUAUCAUGCAUGCACCAACCAGGAACUUUCGACAGCAAGUCUAAUAUGAAAGAGAAAUGCUACUUUUGUGUCCUAAUAUCUUGUAACUAAUCUGGUUUUCAGUUUACUCUCAUUGAAUCUUAAUCUUGAUUGUUAAUCAGUGUAUAGGUAGUAGCUUACUUGAAAAUGCAGAUUGAUGGGGUUGGUAAACAGGAACUGGUUGAGAAUUCUAUGCUUAGCCGCCUUCUGGUUGGUGCAUAAGGGUAUAAUUGUGGGUAUGAUGGAUCAUGGAGGAUUAACACGGGAUAGAUUCUCUGCUUUCUGCUUA